AUGAUCGAACUUUUUUCGAUUUUCACUAAAGGAGGUGUUUGUCUAUGGCAGUAUCAGGUGAGCUAAUCAAUUUAUGUGCGAAAACACACGAUAACAGCCAUUUUCAGGAAGGAGACUACAAUUUCACAGAAACUAUCAAUAACGAGCUCAUCAAAGGAACUCUUAUGCAAGAAAGAGGAAACAAUGGACAGAAAAAAGUAGGAAAUUAUAUGCUGAAGUUCCAAUUGGAUAACGAAUACAACGUUAUAUUCUUGGUGAGCUAAGAACGAAGUGAUGAAAACAUAGUUCCGGUUUACAGGUGAUCUACCAAACAAUUGCGAAUCUUUCGUAUGCUGACAAACUACUUAGUUUGGUUAUUGAAAACUUCCGAGAGGAUUAUUCUAAUUCUCUCAGAGAUGAGAAGGUGAUCAUUUUAAUCAUUUUAAUUAAUUUAGAUAAUUGUUUCAGGCUCUCGCAGAACCUCCGUCGACACUCUACAGCGGUUUUGAUGACGUCUUCCAAGAUGUCCUGUCUGAAGCUGCUCGUAGCGCCAAGGCCUCUGAAAACGUUACCAAGAAGCCAAAGACAUUCCAAGAGUCCGCAAAGUCUCAGAAAACUAUCGAUUCUCUUAUUGUGAGCCGUCCUGGUAAACAAAAGAAGGAGGAAAAACCGACAAAAGCCGCCAAGGAGAAUGUGCAACCUUCUCAAUCCGGAAACGCAUCCGACGGUUACGUUUCGACGUCGCCCCCAGGUUCUCCAGAUGAAGAAGUUUUGAGACAGCGGGACAAGUUCUUCAAGAAAAUGAGUGGAAAUACGAAAAAGAAAAAUCCGGAAGAGGUAUCCUCGCCUCCCAAGCCAAAAGGAAAGCAAGCGCGAGUGUGGGAGCUAAGUGGAAAAGCCAGCGACGUCGCUUCUUUAGAUAGAUCCAAUCCGAAAGAGGUUAGCGGAGUAGUUUAAGGACGGUCACGAGCAAAUAAUAGUUCAGAAUGAUGAGAACGCCGUGAACGAAGAAGAUAACAGAUUUGUUGAAAGCAUGCGCGGAAAGUCAUUGAAAGGAGAAUUGAAAGGAAUUAAAGAUUCAGACGAUGAAGAAGAUGACGAUGACAAUGAGCAAGAGUACGACAACUUUUGAAUAACUGUUUGCAUAGUUGUUCUUUCAGAGUAGUGAAACAAUCGGGCGGAUGGUUCAGUAUGAUCAAGACACUCGUCGGAGAAAAGAAGCUGAAUGCUGAGGACUUGACGCCACUGGUUGAGAAGAUGCGAGAUAAUCUCAUAAGUAAGUCGAGUGUGUCAGGCCAGUACUAAUAACAACUAUAUUACAGUGAAAAACGUUGCUUCGGAACCAGCAGAGAAGAUUUGCCAGUCCGUGGUCAGCAAGCUCGAGGGCAAAGUAGUCAAUAAUUUUUCGCGAGUAGCACAAGAAGUGAAGACGGCAGUUCGCGAGUCGCUCGUUCAGCUGCUAACUCCGAAGCACCGCGUCGACAUUCUCCGUGAUGUGGUUGAAGCGAAACGAGAUGGCCGUCCUUACGUGAUCGUUUUCUGCGGUGUAAACGGAGUAGGAAAGAGUACCAACUUGGCUAAGAUCACAUUUUGGCUGACGGAAAAUAAGCACCGUGUUCUGAUUGCCGCCGGUGAUACCUUCCGCGCUGGAGCUGUCGAACAACUGCGAACGCACACACGCCAUCUCAAUGCCUUGCAUCCUCAAUCCGUACAUUUGUAUGAGCAAGGAUACGGAAAAGAUGCGGCUGGACUUGCUGCAGCUGCUAUCAACAUUGCGACGGAGCGGAAUUUCGACGUCGUUCUUGUGGAUACGGCAGGAAGAAUGCAGGACAAUGAGCCACUCAUGAGAGAGUUAGCUAAGGUGAGACAGAAAAGUUAAAUGUUUGAAACAUGCCAUCUUGCAGUUGAUUAGAGUGAAUGAGCCGGAUUUGGUUCUGUUCGUAGGAGAGGCCCUCGUCGGAAACGAGGCAGUCGACCAGUUGGUCAAGUUCAAUGAAGCCCUCGCCAACCACGCCGCUCCAGGACAGAAGCCUCGGCUCAUCGACGGUAUCGUGCUCACCAAGUUCGACACAAUCGACGACAAAGUCGGAGCAGCUGUUUCGAUGACCUACAUCACAGGCCAGCCAAUCGUUUUCGUCGGCUGCGGACAGACAUACGCCGAUCUCCGCAACCUGAACGUCGGCGCUGUCGUUCAUUCGCUGCUCAAUUGA